GGGAUGUCGCCCGCCAUGGCGACGGACGGGCCCGCGCUGGCUGAGCUGCUGCUGCAGCGGCUGGAGCGGGCGGGGGGCGGCGGCCUGGGGAGCCUGGAGGCGGCCGCGGCGCUGGGCCUGGAGCACCAGCAGCUGGUCAUCGAGGCUGAGCAGCGAUCCUCUAAACGCUGGGAGCUGACGCCUGAGGGGAAGGAGAUCGUCCAGGAGGGAAGCCACGAGGCGCGUGUCUUUGACAGCAUCCCUGCCGAAGGGCUGCCCCAGAGUGAGCUGAUGAAACUGCCGAGUGGGAAAGUGGGGUUCAGCAAGGCCAUGUCCAACAAGUGGGUGCGGCUGGACAAGAACGCGGACGGGGGUCCACGCGUCUUCCGGGCCGUGGAGAGCGUGCAGGACUCGGUGCGGGAGAAGCUGCAGCUGGUGCAGCAGGGAGAGGCUGAGAGCCUGGAGGAGAAAGACAGGAACGAAUUGAAGAAGCGGAAACUCCUGAUGGAAGUGAUCAUCAAGACCUACUGGAUCCGGAAAGGCAGCGCCUUCAGCACCACGGUCACCAAGCAGGAGACGGACCUCACUCCAGAGAUGCUUGCCAGCGGCUCGUGGCGUGACCUGAAGUUCAAGGCGUACAACUUCGAGGCGCUGGGGAUCAUGCCCGAGAGCGGGCACCUCCACCCGCUGCUCAAGGUCCGCACGCAGUUCAGACAGAUCUUCCUUGAGAUGGGUUUCACAGAAAUGCCCACCAAUAACUUCAUCGAGAGCUCCUUCUGGAACUUCGACGCCCUCUUCCAGCCGCAGCAGCACCCGGCCCGUGACCAGCACGACACCUUCUUCCUGCAGGAUCCUGCUGAAGCCACGGACUUCCCCAUGGACUACCUGAAGAGAGUGAAGAAGAUCCACUCGCAAGGAGGCUACGGCUCCCAGGGGUACAAAUACGACUGGAAGCUGGAGGAGGCGCGGAAGAACAUCCUGCGGACGCACACCACAGCCGUCAGCGCCCGCAUGCUCUACCGGCUGGCUCAGCAGGAGAAGUUCACCCCAGCCAAGUAUUUCUCCAUUGACCGGGUCUUCCGGAAUGAGACGCUGGAUGCCACCCACCUGGCCGAGUUCCACCAGAUCGAGGGGGUGGUGGCCGACUACGGGCUGACGCUGGGGGACCUCAUGGGCACCCUCAGGGAGUUCUUCACCAAACUGGGGAUCAGCCAGCUGCGUUUCAAGCCGGCGUACAACCCCUACACGGAGCCCAGCAUGGAAGUGUUCAGCUACCACCGAGGUCUCCAGAAGUGGGUGGAGGUGGGUAAUUCGGGGAUCUUCCGCCCGGAGAUGCUGCUGCCGAUGGGGCUGCCGGAGGGUGUGUCGGUCAUCGCCUGGGGCCUCUCUCUGGAGCGCCCCACCAUGAUCAAAUACGGCAUCAACAACAUCCGGGAGCUGGUUGGGCACAAGGUGAACCUGCAGAUGGUGUACGACGGCCCCCUCUGCCGCCUGGACUCGUAGGCGCCAGCCCCCGGCCUGGCCCCCUCUGCCGCCUGGACUCGUAGGCGCCCGGCCCCGGCCCCACCCCAUAGCUAUUAGUGUCCGCUCCGGGGGCUCCCCCUCUGCACUGGGCCGGGGCUGCCCCCUUCUGUCCAGCGCGGGGGGACACGGCGGAGCGGCCCG